UCUGAGCGGCUCCGCCUGGCAGCACUAACUCACCCAGACCUCUUUACCGGUCGCCGUGAGAGGCUUCAACCUAUACAAACACCUUCGAUUACAUCUUUCUGUCAGCAGUCACUCUGAAAAAAACUCCACAAUGCGGGAAUGCAUCUCUGUUCAUGUGGGCCAGGCUGGUGUGCAGAUGGGGAACACCUGUUGGGAACUCUACUGUCUAGAGCACGGCAUCCAGCCAGAUGGUCAGAUGUUGACCCAAAAGCCCAUAGGUGGCCACGACGACUCCUUCACCACUUUUUUCAGUGAGACUGGAGCUAAAAAGUACGUCCCAAGAGCAAUCUUUGUUGAUCUGGAGCCCACUGUCAUUGAUGAAGUGAGAUCAGGAACAUAUCGUCAACUUUUUCAUCCCGAACAGCUGAUUUCAGGAAAAGAGGAUGCGGCCAACAACUACGCUAGAGGACACUACACCAUCGGUAGAGAGAUCAUUGACUCUGUCCUGGACAGAAUCCGUAAACUGGCUGAUCAGUGCACCGGUCUACAAGGAUUCUUGGUUUUCCACUCAUUUGGUGGAGGCACUGGUUCUGGUUUCACCUCCCUGCUGAUGGAGAGACUCUCUGUUGACUAUGGGAAGAAGUCCAAACUUGAGUUUGCCAUCUAUCCUGCUCCCCAGGUCUCCACAGCUGUAGUGGAGCCUUACAACUCCAUUCUGACCACCCACACCACCUUGGAGCACUCUGACUGUGCAUUCAUGGUGGAUAAUGAAGCCAUCUAUGACAUCUGCCGCAGGAACCUUGACAUCGAACGGCCUUCUUAUACCAAUCUCAACCGCCUAAUUAGCCAGAUAGUCUCCUCCAUCACAGCCUCACUUCGUUUUGAUGGCGCUCUGAAUGUUGAUCUGACAGAGUUCCAAACUAACUUGGUGCCGUACCCUCGUAUCCAUUUCCCUCUGGCCACCUAUGCUCCCAUCAUCUCUGCUGAGAAAGCCUACCAUGAGCAGCUGUCUGUGGCUGAAAUUACUAAUGCCUGCUUUGAGCCGGCCAAUCAGAUGGUGAAAUGUGACCCUCGCCAUGGCAAAUACAUGGCCUGCUGUCUGCUGUAUCGUGGUGAUGUGGUCCCCAAAGAUGUCAACUCUGCCAUCGCCGCUAUCAAGACCAAGCGCACCAUCCAAUUUGUAGACUGGUGUCCCACAGGCUUCAAGGUGGGCAUCAACUAUCAACCUCCAACCGUGGUUCCAGGAGGAGACCUGGCCAAGGUGCAGAGAGCCGUGUGCAUGCUGAGCAACACCACAGCCAUAGCUGAGGCCUGGGCUCGACUUGACCACAAGUUUGACCUCAUGUAUGCCAAGAGAGCCUUCGUCCACUGGUAUGUUGGUGAGGGCAUGGAGGAAGGAGAGUUCUCGGAGGCGAGAGAAGAUAUGGCUGCUCUGGAGAAGGAUUAUGAAGAAGUGGGGAUUGACUCAUUUGAAGAGGAUGAGGAAGGGGAGGAAUAUUAAGAAUUUGCUGUGAUUUCUGUUUUUUUUUCAGGGACACAACUAGUCUUAGGACAAUGAUAUGAAAACAUUUUGAAUGUUUUUUGCAGUUUUAAUUCUACUUGGUUGUUUUUAUAAAUUUGUUUAAAUGCAGCCUCCUUUUGGGGUAUAUCCUACACAAACUUCUGAUACCUUCACAAUUUUUGGAAGCUAACAUAUUAAUAAGCAAAUAAUUGGUUUAAUUUUGUCAAAUUAAAAUUAUGAAAUUUAUUUAACUGAUGUAUUUUUCUGUUGCUCAAUAAAUCUUUCUCCAAAAACA